UUUGACGUCUCUAUUGCCAGGUACGGACCAAGCCCCGAACCCAUCGACGGCUUCUACCUCGCGCUUAUCAUCGACGCCGAGAUCGCUCUCCUUCUUGGAGACCAGACUGAAGAAUUCCUGAAAACGAUCAACGAGAAGCUCCCAAUGGCUGAUUUUUCAUUACAGUGCAGGAGAGAGCAAGUUACCGGCCGCUCAAUACACUCCAUUACUAAAGCAAAGUUUGGCGACGCAGGGAAGGUUCAUGAGAUAGGCAUGAGAUGCAGAGAUGGCAAGGAAGCAGAGCUGCUUGUUUCCAUUGAUAGAAAGAAGGUGGUUCAUGUGGAGAAACUGAACUGGAAUUUUCGAGGGAAUGAGAUCAUCUUCGUCGACGGAUUGCCGGUUGAUGUGAUGUGGGACAUGCAUGGCUGGUGGUUUGGUGGCUUCGUCGGCCAUGCCGUGUUCUUGUUCCGGCAGAGGAGGAAGGUUGAGAGCAGGCUGUGGUUGGAGGAGAGGGAAACCGUUGGUUUCUCUUUGCUGAUCCAGGCUUUCAGAAGUUGUUGAUGGUUCAUGUUUAGGAUAAAAUAUUAUGCC